AUGGAAAGUCUGAAGAGCCUUCAUUUUAGCCCCGAAACUCCUUUCGGUUUACCACUGUAUCCUAUAUUCGAAAAGGUUUAUGAAGCCGUCUUAGGUCAAAAGGCUUCUGACUUUCACUAUACAUCUAAUGUGACUCCACUGUCUACAGUUCAAGAAGUCACUACCACCUGCAUUACUUAUUUCAUUGUCAUCUUUGGUGGUCAGUUCCUGAUGAAGAACUUUCCUGCUUUCAAGUUGAAGUUUUUUUUCAUGGUUCACAAUGUCUUAUUGACCUUGGUCUCUGGUGCACUUUUAGUAUUAAUGGUUGAGAAGAUCCUUCCUAUCAUUUAUCACAAAGGAUUCUUGGCUGCCAUUUGUGAUCAAUCAUCUUGGACACAACCCUUAGAAUUGCUUUAUUACCUCAACUAUCUUGUCAAGUAUUGGGAGUUGAUUGAUACUAUCUUUUUGGUCUUGAAGAAGAAGAAGUUGGAAUUCCUUCAUUAUUAUCAUCACUCUUUAACCAUGGUCCUUUGCUACACUCAGCUCAACGGCAAAACCUCUGUGUCAUGGGUACCUAUCGUCCUUAAUUUGACAGUACACGUCUUUAUGUAUUACUACUACUUCCGUACAGCUGCUGGCGCCAAGAUCUGGUGGAAGAGAUACUUGACCACCAUGCAAAUCACUCAAUUCAUCAUCGAUCUCUUCGUUGUUUACUUUUGUACUUACACCUAUUUCGCUUACACUUACUGGCCUCACUUGCCAAACAAGGGAAGUUGCGCUGGUACUGAAACCUCUGCUCUCUUUGGUUGUGCUCUCCUCAGUUCAUACUUGUUGCUCUUUAUCAACUUUUAUAGAAUGACAUACCAAGCCAAGAAGGCAGCAGCUCGUCAAGCCAAAGAAAAUAAUAAUAGAACCAAGCCUAAGAAAAUUUAA